AUGUGGAAUAAUUCCUCGUUGUUUUUAAAUCUUUCUCAUACACAUGUGAAUGAAGAGCUUCCUUGGGAGAAGCUAUGGUAUCUUGAUAUUCAGAACAACAUGAUUCAAGGAUCACUCCCAAUUCCACCAUCCUCCAUGGAAGUCUUUUUAAUUUCAAAUAAUCAACUGACAGGAGAGAUCCCUUCUUUGAUCUGUAAUGCGAAUUUACUUGUAGUCCUCAAAUUAUUCAACAACAGCUUGGGUGGCAUGAUUCCAUCAUGUGUGGGAAACUUUAGUCAUUCUCUUUCAGUUUUAGAUCUUCAUAUGAAUCAAUUUAAUGGUACCAUUCCCGACACUUUUGCAAAUGGCAGCACCUUAAGAAAUAUUGGCCUAAAUAACAAUCAACUAGAAGGAAAAGUGCCACGAUCUUUGGUCAAUUGUAUGGAGUUGGAAGUUCUAGACCUUGGAAACAACAAAAUAGUUGACACGUUCCCCUAUUGGUUGGGAAGCCUCCCAAAGUUGUAUGUCCUCAUCUUGCGAUCCAAUAGACUUCAUGGCCCCAUAGGGAGCAGUUCCAAGACUGAAUUUUCCUCAUCUGAGUUACGAGUUGUUGACUUGUCCUCAAAUAAUUUUACUAGUUGUUUGCCAUUGAAUUUUUUUAAAGGCUGGAAAGGCAUGAUGAAUGUGGAUGAAUCUAAAUACAAAUUGCAGUAUAUGAGUACAUCUAGUUAUUAUAAGGAUUCCAUGAUGGUAACAAUGAAAGGUUCUGAUUUUUGCAUGGAGAAAAUUCAGACAAUCUUCACAGCUAUUGAUAUGUCAAAGAAUAGUUUCAGUGGGAAGAUUCCAAAGUCAAUUGGAAAGCUUAAAUCACUUCGAGGACUCAACUUUUCACACAAUAGCCUUACGGGUGAUAUUCCAACGUCACUGGGAAAUUUGACAACACUUGAAUGGUUGGAUUUAUCUUAA